AUGAUGUUGCCGAUAAUUUUAUGCUGGGCCGUCACGGUUCACAAAUUACAAGAUACUGCCCUUGAUAAAGCUGUAAUCGACCUCGGAAAGAAAGUGUUUGCCAAAGGGCAGGCAUAUGUGGUACUGAGUAGAGUAAAAACACUUGAGGGUAUUGCUAUAUCUGAUCUAGAGCCAAAUAAUGUAUUAAACAAACCUCACGAUGACCGAGCUUUAGCAGAAAUGCAAAGACUGAGAUGUCUACACACAAGAGACUGA